UUAUGUCCGAAAGCACAGAAUGGAAUGCAACACCACUGACGCGGGUAACACCGAAUAUGGGAAAAUGGAAGAAAGCAAGUAACAAGUAUAAAUACAAGAUAAUCCAAACUGUUGAUAGAACCUCAUUUGGUUUUCUGUCUCAGAAAGACACUACAACGUAUUCACUAGAAAUCCGCAGUCGAAAAGUCAACCCUUCAAAAUGACAACAACAAACAAAACCAUCGUCCUAGUUACAGGAGCAAACCAAGGAAUCGGCCUCGAAACCGUUAAGAAACUCGCAAAAGAACAGCCCUCCUACCACAUCUUACUUGGGAGCCGCAAUCCCAAGUCCGGCUCAGAAGCCGCUGCAAAACUCAACGCAGAGAACGUAGAACCCAUCACUAUCGACGUCACGAGCGACGAAUCCAUCGCCGCCGCCGCAGCUUUAGUAGAGAAGAAAUUCGGACGCCUCGAUGUACUGAUCAACAACGCUGGGAUUGCCAUCGAUCACAAAUAUCAACCCGGACCAGGAUCCUCGAUUCGAGAAGUGAUGCGCGAGAACUACGACGUGAAUGUUUUUGGGGCGAUGCAAGUGUUCGAGACGUUCGUGCCGCUGCUAGAGAAAGCUGAGGUGCCGCGGGCGGUGUUUGUGACGAGUAUCCUGGGCUCGUUUGGGGAGAUGAUGGUUGAGGAUGAGUAUCCGAUUUAUCGGAGCACGAAGAGUGCGCUGAAUAUGGUGGUGAGGGUGUAUGCGGCGAGGUAUAGGGAGAAGGGGUGGAAAAUCAAUGUGACGUGUCCGGGGUUGGUGAGGACGAAUUUGAAUGGGUAUACUGAGCAUGGAGAGUCGGUUGAGGUUGGAGCGAUUAAUGCGGUGAGGUUGGCGACGGCGGGGAAGGAUGGAGAGACGGGUACUUAUAGUAAUAGGCAUGGACCGAUUCCAUGGUAGGAUUGAGGGGAUUAUAACAGACUCUAUUAACCAUU